GUUUACCAAUGGCGGCGCCCAACACGUUCGUGAUGUCGGCCCCCAGUUCUAACGCGCUAUUAGCACCGUAAUGUUGCUAUUUUUUCCAUAAACAGUGCAUUGAAUACAGAGCGGCUGCAGGUCGGAAUCAUAAUUGAUGUUGCCUACAAAAUCGUCAUGAUUGACAAGAACCUAAAAAUUAAGGCCAAUGCUCGUGUGACCCGACCUUCCAAACGUCUAAAUGGAGGCCUUAUCGUUAUUGGAAUAUCGGGAGCUGUGAUUGGUGGACUGUAUGCAGUUGCAACACCGUUUGUUUUACCAGCAUUCCGCAAGAUUUGCUUACCCUAUGUGCCAGCCACGACGAGACAGGUGAAGAAUGUCUUUAAGAUGUUGCAUUCAGCAGGGAAAACAUGCGGCACAUUGGUUGAUCUUGGCAGUGGCGAUGGAAGAAUUGUUAUAGAAGCAGCGAAGUGUGGUUUCCAAGCUACUGGUUAUGAGCUGAAUCCAUGGUUAGUUUGGUACUCUAGACUGACUGCCAGGCUACAAGGAUUACAUAGUAGGGCCAACUUUCAAAGGAGGGAUUUAUGGAAAGUGGACCUGUCUCGGUUUGAGAGCACUGUGGUAUUUGGAGUACCAUCAAUGAUGCCAAAGUUACGGGGCAAACUGAGAGAGGAACUUUGUGCGGAUGGUGUUGUAAUAGCUUGCCGUUUCCCCUUUCCUGAUGUUGAGCCUGUAAAAUCCAUAGAUGAAGGGGUGGACACUGUGUGGCUUUAUUGUAAAAAGCAGCUUGGAAAGUCAGUCAGAAAUGAACAGUCUGUAGAUAGCUCUGAAGAAAAAAACAGUUGACUGGACCCCUGACCUCAUGCCUUACACUGAGACUGAGUGUCCAGUUUAGGUCACGGGAUGUAGGUUUGUGGUGUCAUUUUGUUCCCAAAGUGAUGCACUAACCUAACAUACCUAGUGUGGACUUGUGAUCAAAAGAUGUCCACAUGAAGGACAGGAAAGGAAGACAUUAUGUGGA